AUGGACCCCCAAACCACAGCAUCUACAUCUACAAGUGAAAUUCCGACGCCCACCCACAGUCAAGAGCACAAGCUCGUGCGCGAAUUUCGCACCCAUUGGAGCACCUCAACCGACGACAACGAACUGAGUCUCUUCAGUUUCCGACGCUUCCGGACGAGCCAUCUCAUCAACCUACGAUUUCUGGAAGACGAGAUUGCGAAAGUCGAUCGCGAGAUUUAUCAGGCGGGGCUGCAGAUGGGGAUUGAUACGCAGAGAAAAGAUCUCUUGGGGUUGCGGUCGGCGAGGAGAGAUGCAAAUGUCGCGCCUAUUGAGGAGACGAUUACGCAGGAGAACGUAAGGAAAUUGAGACGCUUGUUGAGGGAAUAUGAUGAAGCGAUCCUCAACUUCAACAAUAUAUCGCGCUUGCAAACGAUCGCGCUUUCAGACUGCGGUAGGCUCUCCGCCAUCCGAGACGAUAUCACUAUAAAAGAAAUGUACAAGACGCGACUCAUGCGUGUGACUCAUGCGUGUGGAUCUCGCGCCUGCGGAUUCGGAUCCCAUACGCCGAGCGCUGCACCGAUGUCUGCGCAAAUUCUGAGUUCGGAGAGAAGUCCCAUGACUUCUGGCGUCUCCCAAAGAUAUCAGAAUACGAUUACGAUUGCUGAUAUCAUGGCGCGGUUUCUGUUUGCGUGUGUGGCGGGUGCGUCGCUGGUUUUCCCUUUGGUUAUUUUGUCGUAUCAGGAGAGGUUGCAUACGAGGUUGUUGACGAUUUCGCUGUGUAUUAUUGUUUUUGCCAUUGUAGUUUCUUUGGCGGCGCCUGCGUCGAAUCAGGCUAUUAUGGGUACGGCGGCGGCUUAUGCUGCGGUUCUGUCGGUUUAUGUGUCUACUUCGUAG